AUGGUCCAACUUGCCUUUGAAACCCCAUUCCUCAUGCACGCAAUAAUAGGAGCAGCAACAACCCACCUCUGCACCCUGCUACCAGACAACAAAGCCUACCGCUUAGCAGAAGCCUACCACUGGCAACAAACAAUAAACCAAUACUCAAGGGAAGUGUCAACAAGUAUAACACCCCAGAACAUGGACAAACUCUACUCAGCCUGCAUGAUGAUCUCAAUGCAUUCUUUCCACCAAGAAAUAUUCUCCCCGCGCUCCUCAUUUGUCUUCUCAACAGACCCAACCAGUCUCAUCUGGCUCCGCCUCCAAGGUGGACUCCGUUACCUCCUUGAACGAACCAUCCCCUGGUUACAGCAGAGCAUGUGGUGGGAGACAUUCAUGGAAUUGAGAGAUCCAUCCAUCGACAUCGACGACAAGCGUCCUGGAAGAAUCGGUCUUCAUUCGGAUUUGGCUGAGUUGUGCGGUAUUACCGAGGAAUCGACUGUCGAUAAUACGCCUUACCUGUGGCCAUUACGUAUGCUGAUGGGGAAUUUGCAGGCGGAGCGGUGCUCGGAUAGUUUCAAGACGUAUAAUACGUGGAUGGGGAGGCUUGAGGGGCCAUAUUAUGAGUGUUUGCUGAGGAAGGAGGUUCCGGCGCUUGUGCUGCUUGCUUGGUGGCUUGGGCUUAUGUGUUUUGUUAAGGAGUGGUGGGUUCGGACAAGAGUUCGAUCGGAGUGUACUGCUAUUUGUAUGUUCCUCGAGGGGAGUUGUGAUUUGCUUGUUUUAAGAUUGUUGGAGUUUCCGGCUGAGUGUUGUGGGUAUAAGUUGAGACACCAGCGGGAGGGAAAUCUGUUUGAGACUGGCGACCAGCUUGUACUGUUUGAUUUGUCUGGUCUGGAGAACGAGGUUGUAUAG